AUGGAGCAAGAUGAUCGUUUACGUUCGUGUGCGCUCAAGUUGCAAGAUUAUGAGUUAAAUAAUAUUGUUGGUAAAAGUGACGAGCAACUGCUAACUGAAGAGUAUAUUAAGUUAAAGGGUAAAGAUAAUGACAAAAAUCAUCACAAUCCUAGUGUAAUACCUCGGUUUUAUUACAAGCUACCAGAUGAAGAUGAUGUCGUUAUGCAAAAACUGAGAGAAGAAUCCAGGGCUUUACUACUUCAGAGAAAAAGUCAGGAAUUACUAGAUAAUAAUGAGUUGCAGGGACUUUGGUAUAUCUUGGAUAAAUAUCAUACGUUAUCUUCUAAUGGUGAAGACAAGAUGAUUAGCUACGAGGACUUUAUGAAGGUUUCGGCAGAAUGUGGGCCUAAAUGCCGCUCCUUUUUUAAUGCUGUCACUUUUUCAAGAUUGCUUCAGGGUGACCCCUAUGGAAGGAUAUCGAUUAUGCAAUUUUUCAAUUAUACUAUGAGAAAAGUGUGGAUGCAUCAAACUCGUAUUGGCUUGAGUUUAUACGACGUUGCUGGUCAGGGAUACCUAAGAGAGCCGGACCUGGAAAACUAUAUAUUGGAGUUAAUUCCUACUCUACCUCAGUUGGGUGGUUUAGAAAAGUCGUUUUAUUCCUUUUACGUAUGUACAGCUGUGCGCAAAUUUUUUUUCUUUUUGGAUUCUAUGAAAACUGGUAAAGUCAAGAUUGUAGACAUACUUAAUUGUACUUUUCUCGACGAACUACUAGAGCUACGAGAUGAGGAUUUACCACAGGAAAGACAAAAUGCAAACUGGUUUUCAGCGACUUCAGCACUUAGAGUAUAUGGCCAGUACCUUAAUCUGGAUACGGAUCAUAACGGAAUGCUAAGUAGAGAUGAACUCUCGAAAUAUGGCACCGGAACGUUAACCAACGUUUUUCUAGAUCGAGUCUUUCAAGAGUGUUUAACUUAUGAAGGAGAAAUGGAUUACAAGGCAUAUCUUGAUUUUGUAUUAGCCAUGGAAAAUCGAGGCGAAGCUCAGGCUCUUCAAUACAUAUUUCGACUUCUGGAUGUUCAGGGUGUCGGGCAUUUAAAUAUAUUUGCAUUAAAUUAUUUCUUCAAAGAUGAAAUAUUUGAUAUGAUAAAACCUGUCAACCCACUAUGGAUCACUUUACAAGAUUUGAAUGACAGCGGUCAAGGCGAAGUCGUUACUAAUAUUCUAAUAGAUCUCAAUGGAUUCUGGAAUUAUGAAAAUCGAGAGAUGCUAAUGGCUGAAUCAGCUACAGAUUAA